UCGAACAUGGCCGCCUCCAUGGAAGGCGAGGGUGACUUUGGAGAGGAUUACUAUGCAAUGCUUAAUAUAGAUAGACAGUGUACAAAUGCAGAAAUUGAUGCUGCCUAUCGACGUCUCACCAAGAUUUACCACCCAGAUAGACACUUUGAGCCCAUCAGAAAGAAAAAGGCUGAAAACUUGUUUAUCAAACUUAAAACAGCUCAUAAUGUUCUAUCAGAUCCGAACAAGAGGCAAAUAUAUGACCGUUUCGGUGUUAAGGGCCUCCAAGUGGAAGGACUUGAGCUGAUGACAAGGACGAGGUCUCCUGCUGAAAUUAUUGCUGAGCUGAAUCGCUACCAACAGGAGCAGGAAGAAAGGAAACUUCAAAAGAGAACAAACCCCCAUGGAAUGGUGACAUUGGGAAUCAAUGCAACAGAUGUAUUUGAUGCAGAUCCUGACAUGGACGAUGAAUUAAACAGUUACAGAUCCAGCAUACCCAGUAUAGAAAUCAGUCACAUGAGCCUGCACCAGUCGGUGGAGGUUCCGCUCACCAAGAAGAACACCGCAAUCAUUGCCGGCACGUUGGCCAAUCGUAAUGGGAAUGGCAAUGGCGCUUUUACAGCGGUGUGGCGAAGGCUUACCUCAGACAAUGGAUGGGCAGAGCUGGCCUUGUCGUGUGGUGACAAUAUUGGAACUAGUCUACGAGGGUUCAAGAAAAUCAACCGGCGAUGCUAUUGUACUGCAAAUGCCAACAUUUCCUACCUGUCCAAUAGGGGAAGAAAAGCCAUCGCUUUCACAGGCUUCCAGACAAUGAUAGCAUGUCAGCUGGAUUCUCACCUUGAGGGUCGACUUGUGUGGAAUGUCGGGCGACCGUCAGCGAUGAGGACGAUAAUAAAAUACGACAAAGAGUCGUACAUGCUGUUAUUUACUGCUCAGCUUGGCAUUCCAAACAUUUUUCUUCAAACUGUUUUUGUCAAAAAGUUUCCAGAAAAGGAUGCAAAAGUUCGUCUUUCAGCAAAGGUAGGCACCAUGGGUGCAGUUGUGGAAUACGGCUGUGAGACGAAAGUGUCGCAGUUCAGUACCCUCGGCGCAACCAUGGCGGUGGGCACCAGUGUGGGCGUGUCACUUAAAAUCAAGUUUAUCCGAGGCCAACAGGAAUUCUUCUUCCCAAUACACUUGUCUGAGAGCAUUGUCCCUGAGGCUAUAGUGUACGGUACCUUCCUCCCACUGGCUAUCUAUUUCGUGGCAAAGAAGCUCAUCAUAGAUCCGUACCUUAAAUGUCAGGAGGAAGAAUCACAAGGAAAGGAAAAGGAAGAGGCAGCCGAGAAAAUGGCAGCAAAGAAAGAAGAAGCAGCAGCGACUGUUGAGCUAUUGAAAGAGUCUGUGGAACGAAGCAUUGAAUCGGAGGAAAGAAAACGAGGUCUAGUAAUUCUGAAGGCACUGUAUGGGAAGCUGAUAUCCGACGACGAAGGAGAACUGCUGGAUGGCCAAUGUAUCGAUGUGAUCACCCCCGUACAGGCUUUGGUUCGGGACUCCCAACUCAUCCUGUCCGACACCAAAACUAAGUGUGAUAUACCUGGUUUCUAUGAUCCAUGCCCAGGCGAGACGAAAACACUAUAUAUAAGAUACAAAUUUAGAAAUAAGCUACACCAGGUCACCUUGGCAGACAAUGAUGCCAUCCGACUACCCCUACAGAAACAUCUUUUAAAGGAAGACGAGACUUGAAUGAGGAGUAGACAAUGACAUAUCUUUCACAAUGUGCUAGCAUUAACUCACAUUCAUUUGCAUUUACAAAAUCCAGGGGGGAUAACUCUGGAUCAAGUUUCAGGGUUUUGACCAUAUAUCAUGGAAAUGUAAAAUCAACAUCCACGCUGUGAAUUUGAAUACAAGUCGGGAUUGUAUCUAUGCUUCAAUGAUUACGAGUGUGCCAAAAUCAAUUCUGCCUGGCCGGUCAAUUACAAGGCGUGCUUUGAGAUCACUCGAUUUGGCGAGAUUACAAUGGAGCCGAUAUUUGUUUUCAUUGUUAUGAAUAUUUUUUGUAAUUCAGAUGAUAAUAGUUGGGCUAGACACGGAGGUUUCUUAACUGUGUAAUAUAUAAAAAAAAUCUUUAUUAGAUAGCCAUGUUUUUCAGAUGAAUUGCAUAAUCUAACAUCUAGGACGGUGGUUUAAAUUGCAGCUAUUUAUUAAGACUUAAUUAACCUCCUGGAUUUUUGUUUUCAUAAGUUGUGAAAAAUGUGAAUAAGUCCAACAUCUAUGACAAUCAAAUUGACUAGAAAACUAGUAUUGUGAGUUAUCCCAUCCUUAUAAUCCAGGGGUUGCACUGCAGAGAGCGUAAGUGAGUGUAACCCUGGAGUAACGAGGUAAGAGUUACUAAUCAGUUAAGGUUCUGAAGACAUAGUGUUUACCUGGAAACUUUCACCCCGUCAAACUUUCCCCUACAUCGGUUAAACCCAUAUUCGCCCGGUGUUUAUUUCACCCUUCACGUUUAAAAACUAUAUUUAUGAUAUUGUUAACUAAUCUUCGUUCUAAUGAUAGAUUUGCCCCCCUUGUGGAUGGAAAAAAUGCAAAAUUUAGAAAAUGCUUUGGAAAUUCCUGGGUUUACAGUAAUGUAUAUUGAUAGCAUAUGUUUCAGUAUCCUUGAUAUCUAGUGGUUAUGCUCACUUUCGCUCUCUGGACCAUGUCAUAGCAAAAUUGAUGGCACACGGCUAGCUAUUUGAUU